UUCACAGUCGAUCACCGAUCGUCACUCAAAGCUGAAGAUGUGGUCGCCACCUCCACUGUUCUCCCUACUGAUCAUUCCGAUGGCAUGUGUUUUUGGUCAGAAUCCGGAUGUAGAUAUAGUCAGGACUUGCACGAGAUAUAAGAAAAGCGUUUUCGAGGAGACCAUCUACUUCGGGUAUCUGUUUCCAGGGGCUGAGGUUGAGAGCCAGGUUUUCGAUAACUGCAGGAGUUACAUGCCCUUGAUUGUGGGCGGUCAGCCCGCUCAGCCACGGGAAUUCCCGCACAUGGCUCGAUUGGGGCGUCGUCAAGUUCAGGGUAGCCGUGUUGACUGGUUUUGCGGUGGUGCUCUGAUCAGCGAGCGGUUCGUCUUAACCGCAGCCCACUGUUUAGAAUCUGAAAGAGGAGAAGUAAAUAUUGUGCGAUUGGGCGAACUGAAUUUUGAUACAAGCGAAGACGAUGCGGCUCCCAAGGACUAUGGUGUUUCUGGGUACUUAGCCCAUCCGGGAUACAAAGAUCCGGAGCUUUACCAUGAUAUUGGAAUAAUAAAACUGAUGGAGGAUGUGAUUUUUGAUCUUUAUAAGCAUCCUGCCUGUCUGCCGUUUCAAGAUGAACGCUUUUCCAACUCCUUUAUAGCCGUUGGCUGGGGAAGCACAGGGGUGGCAGAUAAGCCUUCGUCCGAGCUGCUAAAAGUAAAGCUGGACCGCUAUGGAGAUCAGGUGUGCAAAAAACUUCUUACCCGCCAAAGGGAGGAAUUCCCGCAAGGUUUCGAUGUCAACAACCAACUAUGUGUGGGAUCCGAGUUGGCCCGGGAUACUUGUUACGGCGACUCGGGUGGUCCUUUGUUAAUGUAUCAUCAAGAAUAUCCUUGCAUGUAUCAUGUUGUAGCAAUUACCUCGGUUGGAUUAUCUUGCGGAUCACCAGGUGUUCCUGGGAUAUAUACCCGCGUGUAUCCUUAUCUAAACUGGAUAACCCAAGCAAUGGCAAAAUAUUAAAAACUUUAACAAGCUUUACAUUUGUGCAAUUUCAUAACUAAUUUGUCUAAAUAUACGCAUUUUUUUCAA